UCGUUUGACCCAAGUGGUUUUCAUUCAGGCACUGCCGUGAACAACCGUCCCGCGCUGUGUGUGUUCAGGACCCUGCAGUCCAUCAUGGCUGCGCCCGGUGGAACUUUAGACUGUGAGGACUUCUCAAUGUUUCAGGAGGUGCUGAAGGUGAUGCGAAACAUAGACGACCGCAUCGUCCACUCCCUGAACACUACCGUGCCCACAGUCUCCUUCUCAGGCAAAGUGGACGCUGCAGAAACAUGCAAACAGCUCUAUGAAUCUAUGAUGGAGGCCCAUCUGACCCGGGACACAGCUAUCAAGUCCUGUAUCGCGCAAACAUCUGAGGUGGUGGGACAACUGCGAGAAGACAGAGCGAAAGACAGCGAUAACCUAGCGCUCCUCAGACAGCUCAGGAAGGAGCAGACCAAAUUAAAGCUUAUGCAAUCAGAGCUGAAUGUUGAAGAGGUUGUCAAUGACAGAAGUCUGAAGAUCUUCAGAGAGAGGUGCAGAAUCCACUACACGCCUCCGAAGGUGAAGUGAAGCUCCGCCUGAUGCUUUACUCCAGGUUCAAAUCCAGACUGGAGCUGAGAGUGUGUGUCCUGCAGCAGAGCAAACACACACACCACUCUGACCUCCAACACACCUAUAUUCCAUGUGAUUCAUGUUGGCAUUACCACAGCUGUAACACUGUCAUGCGUGUUCUUCUCAACAGAGGAUAAUUGUAAAAAAAAAGGAUGUUUUUUUUAAAGACAAUGAAAUGUU